AUGCCUCAAGAUAAAUAUGACUGCGAGACAUGCAGCCAGCUCUGGCGGAUGCUGACCAAAACUGAUUUUCUCGGUCCCAUCGACCUUGGCUCCAAGAGGGAGGCUGCCUCUACUAGCUGUCAAGACCACGGGCCCCUGGUGCGAGAGUUUUGCGAAUUACUCGACAGGGAGACUGCAGAUGUCGGCUUUGUCAGAUUGGGUGCCGGAUCGCCUGUCACGCUCAUCGAAUCGAUAAAAAAGAUGGGUGUUGUGUGGGACUUGCUCCUUGUUGCAAAAGACUCUGUUCCCUCACAUCCAGGUAAUGGUCGUAUUCUGAAUCCAGGAUGGGCGGACUUGGAGGUGGUCACAAAGUGGAAAAAUGCAUGUUUGACCACGCAUGGGUCGGCCUGCGAUAAUCCCAUGAAAAUCCCUUACACGCAACCCGAAUUUCUUAUAGACGUUGAGCAAAAAUGUAUCGUGCAUGGUAGCGAUACCGAAAGCAGGUUUAUUGCUUUGAGCUACGUCUGGGGAGAGCAUCGUCAAAAAAUCAUGGAGCCUGCUACCCGAGCCCGACUUUUGGAGCCAAAUUCUCUCAGCCGGCCAGGCUUUCAAGAGCACCUACCCCCCGUCAUCGAACAUGCCAUGCAGUUGACUAGCAGAAUCGGGGAGCGAUAUCUGUGGGUGGAUGCCUUGUGCAUUGAUCAGGCCGACGCCGGACACACAAAGAGGCAGCUGCAGGGGAUGGCGGCGAUAUACUCGAGCGCGAUUGUCACAAUCAUCAGCGCCGAUGGAGACUCCAAUGUCGGUAUUCCCGGCCUGCAAGGGAGCUCUGCCCCACGAGAGCAACGACAGCGCGUCUUCCAGUUUGGAGACGAACAGAUCUGUGUGAGAAACACGAGCACCUUUUUCCUAUCGUGGAGUCAGAAAUACUUUGACAGAGGUUGGACAUACCAAGAGAAUGAGCUGGCGAGCAGGCGCAUCAUAUUCUUGUCCGAUGAAGUCCACUGGCAGUGUCAGUGUAGCAUUUGGCACGAGGAGCUGACGCUCAAUACUGAGGUAGAUGCAUACAUCAACCCGCGCCUUCGAACAAUCAUGGCCGGGUUUCCAGAUCUAGGCUCGCUGUCUCAUUCCAUCGGCAACUACAAUCAGAAAACCCUCACGUACGAGGAAGAUGCCCUGCCUGCUAUCUCUGGACUUCUUUCCACCAUGAGUCGUUCUUUUACCGGUGGCUUCCUGUUUGGGCUACCAGAAAUGUUCUUUGAACAGAGUUUAGGAUGGCAGCCGUACUGGAACCACACGAAUCUUCAACGGCGAAUCUCGUCGGCGCGACCGGCUGCGCAGAAGCUGAUGCCCUGCGAUUUGCCUUCGUGGUCGUGGAUUGGUUGGCAGGGACACGUGAAAAUCCGGCACGACGCAGCUAGGAUCAAUCCCAGGGAGCAUAACAUCCGCGAGACCUUUCCCAUCACAGAGUGGUUUUGUGGCCAGUCUCCCACCGACUCGCCUUCAAAGAGACGCCAGAUCCGGUCUACUUGGUAUGAGCAACGGGCAGCGCGAAAAGAUUUCACACAGCCGCUUCCAGAGGGCUGGACACGCCAUAGCAUCUCGACUGCAGCGUCUUUCAGAGAUGAGCCUGCUCUGCACCCAGCCGGCUGUGGCGAGUACGUAUUUCGGCAUCCGGCCAUGUGUGACCCGGAUACGAUAAUCAAUGACUGGCAUUAUCCGUUCCCGCUUGCUGACAUUCAGCCUUUGACGCCACCUUUCAUGCCGGAGCAAUGGCCGUAUCUGUUUUGCAAGACACAGAGCGUGCAUCUAUGGGCCUAUGCAGUCGACAAGGAGAAUGUGCUAUCUCUUUGCGAUAGCUCUGGCGCUGUAAUUGGAGAUCUUCAUUUGCACAACGAAGAGUCACUUGCGAUGUUCCCUAGCGAACUCCCCGGCCGGGAGUUGGAGUUGGUUGCAUUGUACAAGUCGACUACGUAUAGCAAAACUUUCAGUGAAGAGAAGCAAAGGUAUGAUUUGCCGGUCAACAUCACAGAUACGGUAUGCUUGCUUUGGAUUGAGUGGGAAAACGGCGUGGCUUUUCGUCGCGCCUGUGGCUCUGUGCUGGCGGGCGAGUGGGCAAAGCUGAGCUCACGAGACAUUGACCUCGUUCUUGGCUGA